UUUUUUUUUUUUUAGAUUGGUGCGACCACGGUGCUAGGUGCGAGCGGUGGUUGGUGCGCUUUACGUGUUGUGCCUCAUUUAGUUUUUAAAUUAAAGUCAAAUUAACAAUAUGCCUCCCAAAAAGAAAGCCCCCGAGCCGAGUAAAAAGACCGAAAUGAAGAAAAAAGAGAAAGUAAUCGAGGACAAGACUUUUGGUUUGAAAAACAAGAAAGGAGCCAAAACGCAGAAGUUUAUUCAACAAGUCGAAAAACAAGUCAAGUUCGGCAACCAACCUGCCAAAAAGGUCGAGGCGGUGCCUGUCAAAAAGAAGACGGAAGCCGAGGAUCUAAACUCGCUGUUUCGGCCUGUUCAGAAGGUGGAGAAGGGCGCAGACCCCAAGUCUGUGUUGUGUGCCUUCUUCAAGCAAGGUACCUGUGGCAAAGGAGAUAAGUGCAAAUUCUCACACGACAUUACCAUCGAGCGGAAAGCAGAGAAGAGGGAUAUUUACACCGAUGUUCGUGAUUCCGAUACAAUGGAGAACUGGGACGAGGCUAAGCUGGCUGAAGUGGUGGAGCAGAAGCACGGAGAGGCUGAGAGGCGCAUGCCCAAGACUGAUAUUAUUUGCAAGCACUUCCUGGAUGCCCUCGAGCAGAACAAGUAUGGCUGGUUCUGGGAGUGCCCCAGCGGAGGGCAGAAGUGCCACUACCGCCAUGCGGUUCCCCCUGGGUUUGUGCUCAAGAAGAACAAAAAGAAUGCAGAUGAGGUCAAGCCAGAGGAUACUCUGACCAUAGAGGAUCUCAUUGAAACUGAGAGGGCCAAGCUGGGCAGCAACCUGGCUCGUAUCACCUUGGAAAGCUUCCUGGCAUGGAAGAAAGCAAAGAUCCAGGAGCGCCAAGCGACCGAGCAGAAAGAGCGAGACCGCAAGCGAGACGAAUUCAAGGCUGGACGCAACAUGGGGUUGAGCGGCAGAGACAUGUUUACUUUCCGGCCUGAACUGGCGGACGAUGACCAGAAUGAGGAGGAUGAGGAGGCGUACGACCUCACGCGAUUUGGAGGGGAAGAGGACAGCACUCAGGCUGUACGAGAGAUCACACUAGAAAACCUGACAGCUGAAUCCUUGCAAGGAGGAGACUUUGCUGCCGGAGCUUCAACAACGGGAGGAAGUAUGGCCACUUCUGUUCCAAUUGACGAAAGGCUCUUUGAAGAUGAUGAGGACCUGGAUGACCUUGAAGAUGAUCUUCAAGACCUGAAUGUGGAGUAAUGUGUCAGGUUCUCUGACAGCUUGUUGCAGUUUUAUUUUUGUGAAUAAGUAAAUAAAUGAAUGCCACAAAUAAA